AAACCUUGUAUGCAGAAAGACAUAUCUAAUAAGCAUAUCGAGGACGUUAACGACCCAUCCGAAGCAAUCGAUUGCUAUGAAGCUCUCCACCUCCUUUGCAGCGGUGGCCCUCAUCGGCUUGACGCCGGGCAUCUCGGCCGCUCCAACAUCGGGAGCAUCAACGUCGCUCAAGCUGGACUGGACGACAAAUAUCGCUGGAGGGGCUUCUGCUGUCAUCUCCGCGCUUUGGGGAGAGGUCAAGCAUGCUGUCACGUGGCGCAUGAUUCAAACCUCUCCCGACCAAGAGCCAUAUUGGACAACUGAGCUCGGCAAGCACCUUCUCUUCAUGCGUGGCGUCAAAUUUGUUGAUGUGACCGAUCAUGCGGACUUUCCUGUGGUGUCUACUUCGCUAGCCUCGACAGCGUCGAAGCGCCCCUGGCCUACCAAGGCUGCUCAUGCCGAUUUCCUCAAGACCCGCGUCUUCUCCAACAUUACCGCCGAUGGCCCGCGCGCCAAUCUUAAGAAAUUCACGUCUUUUCGCAACCGCUACUACCGCAGUGCAACCGGUAGAGAGAGCCAACUGUGGCUGCUGAGCAAAGUCAAGGAGAUUGCCAGCACCAAUCCGCAGAUCACUGUUAGCGAGUUUGAGCAUGACUGGCAGCAGAACAGCAUCAUCAUGCACUUCCCAUCAAACUCUUCUUCUCAGCCAUUUGAUGCUUCCAAGUCAAUCAAGAAGGAGCACAAGCCGGUCGUCAUUCUCGGUGCUCACCUUGACAGCACAGCAUUCAUCCCAUUCUUGCCGGCCCCAGGCGGCGACGAUGACGGCAGUGGGACAGCGACGUUACUCGAGGCACUCCGGGCUUUGCUAGCUGUCGGCUGGCAGCCUCAAGGUGACUAUGAUCUCGAAUGGCAUUGGUACUCUGCGGAAGAGGGCGGCCUGCUCGGCAGUCAAGAGAUUGUCAAGAGCUACGUUCAGCGAGGCAGGGAAGUGCGCGCCAUGCUGCAACAGGACAUGACAGCUUUCUUGAAGCCAGGAACAGCCGAAAAGAUUGCGCUCGUUGCAGACUUUACGGAUCCAAAGCUGACCUCCUUCCUGGAGAUGCUCGUGACAGAAUAUCUCGACAUUCCAGCUGCGCAGACCAAGAUCGGCUACGCUGCGUCCGACCAUGCGAGCUGGAUGAAGGCUGGAAUUCCUGCUGCUUUCGCCGUGGAGGGCUUGUACGAUGACUGCAACUUGCGGAACAUCCAUACAUCGGGCGACACGACCACUGCUGAAGGCUACUCGUUCGACCACAUGCUCAAGUUUGUCCGUCUCACCACCGCUUUUGCGGUCGAGCUUGCAGGCCAACAGGCUUGAUGCAGUGCAUGAGGGUAUCCUACGCACGCGCGCUGUUGUGGACCAACAUUACCAACCGCAACGUGCGCCUCUGGCUCCCUCGACAAAUGGAAUCUCGGCAUGUUCCUGAUGUAUGUACUCAUGAGAAGCCUGAAACUGUACAGUAGCAUUGUCCUGUAGAAAUACACUAGGUUCGCUUCG